UGCGGGCGCCUGCGCAGUUAGAAAGGCCGCGCUCUCCCCUUGAGCCUGGGAGAAAUAGCUCCGAGUGGGCCAAGGCGCGGUUGCGGCUCUUUUACCUGGAAGGUCGCACCAUGGCGGAGGAGGAGCUGGAGGCUCUGCGGAAGCAGAGGCUGGCCGAGCUUCAGGCGAAGCAUGGGGAUCCUGGCGAUGCAGCACAGCAGGAAGCCAAGCACAGAGAAGCAGAAAUGAGGAACAGUAUCUUAGCCCAAGUUCUGGAUCAGUCAGCCCGGGCCCGGUUAAGUAAUUUAGCACUUGUCAAGCCUGAAAAAACUAAAGGAGUAGAGAAUUACCUUAUACAGAUGGCAAGAUAUGGACAACUAAGCGGGAAGGUAACAGAACAAGGUUUAAUAGAAAUCCUUGAAAAAGUAAGCCAACAAACAGAAAAGAAAACCACAGUUAAAUUCAACAGAAGAAAAGUAAUGGACUCUGAUGAAGAUGAUGAUUAUUGAAUUUAGGAUGCUUAGACCCUGGAACUUAAUGGAACAAUUGCAGGACGGAUAAUGCUUGGCAGAAGUUAAGAUCUGAUUGAAUGUUUACUUUGUUUAUUGUUUAUAUACCUUUAGAAAAAUAAACUUGUUAUGUAAAAUAAAACAA